AUGGUUUGGCUGCGGCUUACCAAGUUCUACCUCAAGCGGACUGAUGAAGCAGACAAAUCCCGUUUCCUACUUCUGGGCCUCUCCCCAGAUUACUUGGCGAAAGCGCUUGAGGAAAACCUCUCAGAUGAGACCCCUUUCGAGUCCCUUUGUUACCGUUUAGCUAACCUUUUCUCUAACACCCCUACCUUGCGCGAAGCUCUUCAUCGGCUCAAUUCCCGGAAACUGCGGCCUGAUGAAUCUAUCACCAGCCUUGUCAACGACACUGAACGCCUUAUGGCGGUGGCCUUCCCCACACUCAAUGAAGACGACACAGACGCCCUCGUGUUACAUUAUUUCACAGAGGCACUCCCUGAUCCCGAAUUACGACGGCAGACGCUAUUAGUCUCACGGAGCGCAGCCUCCCUGCUCAGCCCGCCGGCCCAACCCCAACGCCAUGACUUACCACAGCCCCUUCCUCCGAUCAUCGUCCUUUUUUACCACAGCCGACCAUCUGGUCGCCGGCCCUCCUCCAACGCCAACCGUUUUUCGGGCCCCCGGCGUUUCCCACGUUAUCAAAACAACUUCUUUCCCCGAGGACCCCGCUACCCUCCCCACGACAACCAACAUUCCUGCGCCUGCGAUCGCGCGUCA